UACUCUGGGUCUACCAACGCUGCUUCUGAAGAGAUAAAGAGGACAGAAAUGUGCUAUUCCUUUGAAGCACUGCACAAUUUAAAUCCAUGUGCACUCACAAGCCUACAGCAACAGGUAGGACAGCCCAGCUUUCUUAAGUCAAGACACAGUCUAAAGCUUCCAGAGAGGCCCCAAGGAACCAUGCCCUUCUCCUCCUCCCUCCCCACAUCCCCAUCCGCUAUCUCCGUCUUUGUUUCAGCUUUCUCUUUCCUCAAGUCUCACUUCCCUCUUUCUCCAGGAUAAUUUGGUUUCAUUCUAAAUCCUUUAACAGAUUCUCCUUUAGACCUUAAUAACUUUUUCUCCCCUUUCUGAAUCUUUUUUUUUUCUAACCUUUUGCAUUUUUUUAAAGUCUCAUUUCCUGUCUGGGUUUUGCAUUUCCCUCCCCCGCCCCUCCCAGCCUAUGACACACUUUCUCUCUUCUUUUUUAAUUCUUUUUUUCUCUUUUAUUUGCUCCAAGCUCAUUCUUCAGGGCCUUCGCAUCAGCCCCUUACCUCCCUUUCCUUCUCCACUCCCCAACUCCUCUCCCCUCUGCUCCGAGCCCUGGGCUCAGCGCUCAGUCCCAGAAACCCCAUUACCCCAGCUCAACCUCUUCCAUCACCACUGAGAUUCACUUGGCACCUCAGACCGCUUGCCCUCUAGUCUCCCCCUUCUCCGACAGGUGGAGGUAGAGGGGGUCAUCGAGGAGAUUUGGGCCCGACGAAAGCAGCCAGUGCUGAGGCAUGUAGGAGGGAGGCACAACUGACCAGGACCUGGACCUCCUGUGAAGCACAAAGCAUGAGCGCUCGAGGUUAAUAUGGGGUACCAGGAAUCCAUUUCUAUUUGAGUUUGACACCACUGGCCCAGGAUUCCUAGAGGAGGCGAGCCAGAAAUGGGUGACUACAUGGAGACAUUAAAGAAUGAAGAAGAUGCCCUUUGGGAAAACGUGGAGUGUAACCGCCAUAUGCUAAGCCGAUACAUCAACCCAGCCAAGCUCACCCCUUACCUGCGCCAGUGUAAAGUCAUCGAUGAACAGGAUGAAGAUGAAGUACUCAGUGCUCCCAUGUUGCCUUCCAAGAUCAACCGAUCAGGCCGACUAUUGGACAUUCUUCAUACCAAAGGAGAAAGAGGAUAUGUGGUCUUUCUGGAGAGUCUGGAGUUUUAUUAUCCAGAACUUUAUAAGCUGGUAACAGGGAAGGAACCCACCCGAAGGUUUUCUACCAUUGUUGUGGAGGAAGGCCAUGAAGGUCUUACUCACUUCUUGAUGAAUGAGGUUAUCAAGCUGCAGCAGCAAAUGAAAGCCAAGGAUGUGCAGCGCUGUGAACUUCUGGCCAAGUCUCGCCAGUUGGAAGAUGAAAAGAAACAGCUGACUCUGACCCGGGUAGAGCUAAUGACUUUCCAGGAGAGGUACCACAAGAUGAAGGAGGAGAGAGACAACUACAAUGAUGAGCUGAUCAAGGUGAAGGAUGACAAUUACAACCUGGCAAUGCGGUAUGCCCAACUGAGUGAAGAAAAGAACAUGGCAGUGAUGAGGAGCCGGGACCUCCAGUUGGAGAUUGAUCAACUGAAGCACCGAUUAAACAAGAUGGAGGAGGAAUGCAAGCUGGAGAGGAAUCAGUCACUCAAACUUAAGAAUGACAUAGAGAAUCGGCCCAAGAAGGAGCAAGUUCUUGAACUGGAGAGGGAGAAUGAGAUGCUGAAAACAAAAAUCCAGGAGUUACAAUCAAUUAUUCAGGCUGGAAAACGCAGCCUGCCAGACUCAGACAAAGCUAUUUUAGAUAUCCUGGAACACGACCGGAAAGAGGCUCUGGAAGAUAGACAGGAGCUGGUCAACAAGAUUUAUAACCUGCAGGAAGAGAUGCGUCAGGCUGAGGAGCUAAGAGACAAGUACCUAGAAGAGAAGGAAGACCUGGAAUUGAAGUGCUCAACCCUGGGGAAGGACUGUGAUAUGUACAAACACCGCAUGAAUACUGUGAUGAUACAACUGGAGGAAGUAGAAAAAGAACGAGACCAGGCAUUCCACUCUCGUGAUGAAGCACAGACUCAGUAUUCCCAAUGCUUGAUUGAGAAGGACAAGUACAGAAAGCAGAUCCGAGAACUGGAGGAAAAAAAUGAUGAACUGAGGAUUGAGAUGGUUCGGAAGGAAGCCUGUAUUGUGAACCUAGAGAGCAAACUCCGGCGCCUUUCCAAAGACAACAGUGGCCUUGACCAGAGUCUUCCCAGGAAUCUGCCAGUAACUAUUAUCUCUCAGACCUUUGGAGAUUCUAGCCCUAAAGCCAAUGGUCAGGAAGCAGAUGAUUCAUCAACAUCUGAGGAUUCACCAGAGGACAGCAAGUAUUUCCUGCCUUAUCACCCCCCAAAGCGGAGAAUGAACUUGAAGGGCAUCCAGCUGCAAAGAGCUAAAUCCCCCGUCAGCAUGAAGCAGGCAUCAGAUUUUCAAGAAAAUGGAAUGGAUGCCAGUAGCAACUCCUCCAAUCCUCUUUCUAUUGACAACUCUCUCAACAAAAUGCUGCCCCUUAGAAAUCGAAAUAGCAUAAUGUCUAUCACUGCGGAGCCUCCAGGAAAUGAUUCCAUUGUCAGAAGAUGUAAAGAAGAUGUACCUCAUCGUAGUAUAAUUGAAGAAGACACUGACAGUUUUGGAUUUGAUGCCUUAGAUCUAGAUGAUGACAACCAUGAUCGCUACUCCUUUGGACCCCCCUCCAUUCACUCCUCUUCCUCUUCUCACCAGUCGGAGAGCCUGGAUGCCUUUGAUCUUGAGCAAGUCAACAUCAUAUUUAGGAAGUUUUCUCUGGAAAGACCUUUCCGUCCCUCUGUCACAUCUGUUGGUCACAUCAAGACCACAUGCCAUCCGGUGCAGCACACAACCCUGAACGGAGAUAACCUCAUCACUGAAAUCACCCUGCUGGGGGGAAAUGAUCGAGGCAGCUUCAUUCACUCUGUCAAGCCAGGAUCCCUGGCGGAAAAGGAAGGCCUCCGGGAGGGACACCAGCUGCUACUGCUGGAGGGCUGCAUCAAAGGCGAGAAGCAGAGCGUUCCCUUGGAUACUUGCACAAAGGAGGAAGCACACUGGACAAUUCAGAGAUGUAAUGGCCCCGUCACACUGCACUAUAAAUUCAACCAUGAAGGUUACCGGAAGCUGCUAAAGGACAUGGAAGAUGGCUUGAUCACGUCAGGGGACUCAUUCUACAUCAGGCUAAACCUGAACAUCUCCAGUCAACUUGACUCCUGUUCCAUGUCAUUGAAGUGUGAUGAAGUCGUACAUGUUCGUGACACAAUGUACCAGGAUAAAUAUGAGUGGCUAUGUGCUCGAGUUGAUCCAUUCAACAACAGAGACCUGGAAAUGGGAACUAUCCCCAGCUACAGAAGAGCCCAGCAGCUACUUUUGGUGAAGCUUCAGCGGUUGAUGCAUAGAGGGAAUCGAGAUGAAACAGAGAACACUCACCAUACGCUACGGGCACUACGGAACACACUGCAGCCUGAGGAGCCUCUUGCAAUGAAUGACCCCCGAGUAAGCCCCCGUCUUUCAAGAGCAAGCAUCCUUUUCGGUCAGCUCAUACAGUUUGUUAGUCGAUCUGAGAACAAAUAUAAGAGAAUGAACAGCAAUGAACGGGUUCGUAUCAUCUCUAGUGGUCACCCAGGGAACGUAGCCCGAGCCUCACUUGAUGUUUUGAAGCCCUUGUCAGAGAAGCAUGAAGAUGUGGACACAGAAAGUGACCUCAACAAGAGCCUCAACCUGAUCCCAUACAGCUUGGUGCGUUCCUUCUACUCAGAGCGCCGACGACCCGUCCUCUUCACCCCCACCAUGCUAGCCAAGACCUUGGUGCAAAAGCUGCUGAAUUCUGGAGGAGCCAUGGAAUUCAACAUGUGCAAGCCAGAUAUUGUAACAAAGGAGGAGUUCUUGAGGAAAGAAAGAACAGAAACCAUCAUCUUCUCCCGAGAAAAGAAUCCAAACACCUUCGAAUGCAUUGUUCCUGCCAAUAUUGAAGCUGUGGCUGCCAAGAAUAAACACUGUCUGCUGGAGGCCGGGAUAAGCUGCACAAAAGAUUUGAUCAAAGCAAAGAUCUAUCCCAUUGUUCUCUUCAUCAGAGUUUCAGAGAAGAAUAUUAAGAAAUUCAGGAAACUGUUGCCCAGGCCUGAGACAGAGGAGGAAUUUUUAAGGGUGUGCCGCCAGAAGGAGAAAGAGUUGGAAGCCCUACCUUGUCUCUAUGCCUCAGUGGAGGUUGAAAUGUGGAGCAGUGUGGAGGACCUAAUCCGAGUCAUCAAGGAGAAGAUAGGAGAGGAACAGCGUAAAACCAUCUGGAUUGAUGAAGAUCAGCUGUAAAACAGGCCUCGUGUUGAAUUGGAUUUGUCAGUGAUGGGCAGGCCCUGCCCAAGCAGAGUUUGGGAUGGUAGAGUCCCCAAGGGCAUUGCCCAGGGCUUCCUUACCACCUCUGUUUUCAGGGCGCUGAUGGAGCAGACACAGUUGGGAGGAGCUAUUUGGGCAUGUGGGUGAUGGGAGUCCCAGUGAUUAAACUUCUACCCUGAUAAGCUGCCUCACCACAGGACCCCACUCCCCUUUCCCAAUCAGUCCUAUCCCCAAGAACAGCAGCAACUGUUUUAACUGUGGGGAUGGAAGAAAACGAGGGAGGGAGGGAGGAGUAAUUUAUUCCACAUAUUGCCUAGACCCCGUCCCAGUCAUUUAGCACUCCUGACCUUAACACAGGGUAAAUCUUCAGGGAGACAUGGACUCAGCCAAAGGUCACUGAACCUGAGACCUUUAGGUUCCCUCCCAGACCAGACUAGCAAUUGAAUGUAAUUCGCCAAGGACUCUGCUCAUUGCCUGGUCAUAUUGGGGACCCCUAAAAGCAAGACUACUUUUCUCACCUGUGGUCCUUUCUGUGGGGUACAUAUGUAGGUAGCCUGGCCAGGCUGGAGUGAAAGAUAUAUGUUGCACUGUAUUGACUUUUUUUUUGCAUUAAAAUUCCUCAAGUCCUGUA